UGGAACACAACAAGCCACGCCUUUGGACCAAUCGCCACCGUACUUGUUGUUUCCUGACAAAAUUUGUUGCCAUGGAUUGCCUGAAAGACUGGCCCGAGCCGGUUGUCCCGGUGCAGUCCUUGUCCGAGACCGGCGCCGCCGUCAUCCCCGACCGCUACGUCAAGCCGCCAUCGGAGCGGCCGUCGUUGGAUUCUACUGCCGAUGAGAAUAUCCUUGGCAUCCCGAUCGUUGACCUCGGAGGGCUGGCGGAGGGGUCGGCGGAGUGCCGAGCCACCAUGCGGGCAAUCUCCGACGCAUGCCGGGAAUGGGGAUUCUUCCAGGUGGUGAACCAUGGAGUUAGCCAUGAGCUCAGGGAAAGAAUCCGGGACGUGUGGAGAGGGUUCUUCCAACUCCCCACGGAGGCCAAGAAGGCCUACGCCAACACCCCGACGACCUACGAGGGUUACGGCAGCCGCAUCGGCGUCCAGAAGGGCGCCAUUCUGGAUUGGGGUGACUACUACUACCUCCAAUACCUUCCUCACUCGGCGAAGAACUAUGACAAAUGGCCUCUCCUGCCAAUUUCCAUCAGGGAUACUAUAGAAGAGUAUGGCGAUGAGAUGGCGAGGUUGUGUGGGAUAUUGAUGAAAGUAAUGUCCAUAAGUCUGGGUUUGGAUGCGGAGUUCCUCCAGAAGGCAAUUGGAGGAGAUGAUGUGGGGGCUGCCCUGAGGGCGAAUUAUUAUCCGAAGUGCCCGCAGCCGGACCUCACACUCGGCCUCUCGGCACACUCCGAUCCUGGAGUUAUGACGGUGCUUCUUGCCGACGAUCAGGUCAAGGGCCUCCAGGUCCGAAAGGGUGGCGAAUGGAUCACCGUCCAGCCCCUCCCCCAUGCGUUCAUCAUCAACGUCGGCGAUCAGAUUCAGGUGCUGAGCAAUGCAACAUACAAAAGCGUAGAGCACCGAGUGAUGGCGAAUGCAUCGGCGGACCGGCUAUCCCUUGCCUUCUUCUACAACCCCAAGUGUGACCUGCUGCUAGGUCCGGCUCGUGAGCUUGUGUCACCAGACCGACCUCCUCUUUAUCAACCCAUGACCUAUAAUGAGUAUCGGCUAUAUAUUAGGAAGAAUGGCCCCAAGGGCAAAACGCAGGUUGAGUCAUUGAAGGCCAUGUAAUCAUGCGAUCACUUCUUCAAUUAUAUAUGUAUAUCAAAAUCUCUGCAUGAUGCAUCUGAUCCUAUAUAUUGGCUGUAUACAAAAUAUCAGUUUGAUGUUGUACAUUCCAUAGUACAUGCAUCCAUUCAAGCUUA